AUGCUCAAAUUAAAUUAACAGAAACACAUGACCACUAAUCAAUCCAAAUUUAGUGAGCAUUAAUAACAAAGAAGUAAAGAUUCCUAUUCAAAAAUACACACACCAAUCAAACGAAAAUUAUCUGAAUAUGUAAUUCAAAAGUAAAGCUCAUAUGCAUAAAUACAUAAACCUGAAAGAUAAAAACAAAAAUCAACUCCUGAUAUAUUAUAGUUACUGAAGAAAUAUUAAAAAUGUCAUACUAAUCAAUCUUAACAUCAACCAUCUCAAUAAAGGGAUAUUGUUAGCAAUCAUUAAAUUAAAAAGCAUAAAACACUCUAUAAUAAUGAUGCUUCACCCAUUAGAAUUAGUUAAGAAGCUUUACCUCUCAAGAACAUUGUUAUUAAUAGAAAGAAAACGAGUAUAAGUGAUAGGGAUACAUCUCUACUUAAGUUGCAAGAAUUAAAAAAGAAAAUAAUGGAAAAAGUUCCAAAUCUUCUUGAAAUUUUGGGACCUGAAAUGAAUCCUAUUUCAAAUAGAAUUACAUUUCAAGCAUCACUUUAAACUGAAGAGUCUAAACUAAUUUAAAAAACAAUUGAUACUCCAGGAACUGCAUAAUUUAUGUAAUCAAAUAGAGAUGAAAAUAUAUUAGAAUCACGAAAUCCAUUUGAAAAAACAAACUUUUAUUAAGAUAUGUAAAUAUAGGAAAAUUAAAUAUCUCUAUAAAAGAAUCUUGACUUAUUUUUUGAAAAAAGAAAACAUUCAUAUUGUGAAGAUAAUUUUAAGCCUUUUCAAAAAAAUUAAUAAUAUGGUAAACCUUAUUUUGAAUCAAAUAAAGGGGAAGAUAUAUAGAAUACAAAUUUUACAAAUAGACUAGAAUGUAGAAAAAUAAUGAUUAUAUUGGAUUAAGAUAAGGAAAAAAUAUUAGAAUAGAUUGCUCUAAAUCCAAUUGAAAUUCAUAAUUCUCCAACUAGUAAAAUAUGGGAUAAAGCAUUAAAAAUAGAUAGAUUAGAUGAAUAAUUAGGUAAAUAAAAAACAGAAGAAUCUUUAGGAAAUAAAUGUUAAAAAGUAAGAUCAAAAAGAGCAAGUGUAAAAAAUGAAAAUACUCCUUAUUGGAAAUUAAGAGAUUUAGAAUAAAAAAAGAAAAAAAAAUGA